GCCUUGAAAACAUCUGUUUGAGUGUAAUCAGUCUAUAUAAUGUGUUUCAUUUAGUGGAUUAAGUUACUGAUAUGAAUGAACGUUGCAACAAUAUUUCAACUGAUUCAACAUAACAGUAUGUUGAAAGACGGGAUUCGUUGGGAGUGAUGAGAAUUCAAAGCGGAACUAAAAGUCGUUUAGAGUUUCUUCAGUGUUGCCACAAUGAAACACAAAGGAAACAAAAACAGAACCAAGAGCUUUGCCUUUGUUGGAAGCCAGUUUGAAGACGGGUUUGACGUUUUAGGUGAAUGAUCGAGUCUUUAGUAAAAAAAUAGAAAAUGUCUUCAGCUCCGCCUCAGAGAGAGAUAAUCAACAAGGAGUUAACUCCGGCUGAAGAAACAUUAAAGGAGUUUAAUAUCAUCGUCAAGUCCGAAGAGGAGAUGGAUGAUCUUACCCAGACACCCCGAAUCAUUUCACACCGAACAGAUCUUCCAGAAUGCUGUAAGUGUAAAGAGGAGGGGAUUCUCGACGAGAUCAGCAACCAGGAUGGAAACCCUAUUUUAGACCAAGAGGAGCCAGAACCUCCACAGAUAAAACGGGAACAAGAGGAACCACAACAUCACCUGUUCAAAGAGGAAGAGAAUCAACUAAGAAUCUGUCAGGAUGAAGAGCAGCUUGUUCUGAAACAGGAAACCGAGGUGACUCCUUCUGACGUGCAAAUGAUUAACUAUGAGACGGAACCAAACAGGAACCAACUUGUCUCUUCUGCCUCUCCUGAAGUUGAGAACCAGAAUCAGGAGGGAAGAAAUACUGAAAACCCAGGAAAAAAGAGAGAAGAGCAGAAACGACAUGAGAGAUAUCAGAAAACCAGACAGCAGAAAGGUUCUGCUGACAACUCAAGACAAAAAACAAACAAAACUCAAAUAGACCAAACUUUAAUUUCUUGUGACAUCUGUGAUAAAACCUUUUCUUCAAAGAGUUGCUUGGCUAGACAUAUGAGAACUCACACGGGCGAGAAGCCUUUUACAUGUACGAUCUGUGGAAAAAGUUACUGUGACAAAGGUGGUUUAAUUUAUCACAUGAGAGGUCACACAGGGGAAAACCCAUUCACAUGUGUCAUUUGUGGAAAAAGUUUCCGUCUGAGCAACAUUUUAAGUAUUCACAUGAGAACUCACUCAGGUGAGAAGCCUUAUUCAUGUACAACCUGUGGAAAAACGUUUUCUAAAAAUAGUAGUUUAAAUCGUCACAGUAGGAGUCAUGCAGGUGAGAAACCUUUUUCAUGCAUUGUUUGUAGAAGAAGUUUCAGUCAAAAAUCUAUUUUAACCAUUCACAUGAGAACUCACACUGGUGAGAAGCCUUUCUCAUGUACAACCUGUGGAAAAAGUUUCACUCAGAAAGGUCAUUUAUCUGAUCACAUCAAAACUCACACAGAUGAGAAGCCUUUCACAUGUUCUACUUGCGGAAAAGGUUUCAGUCAAAAAAUCCAUUUAAAGAGUCACACAAGGACUCACACAGCUGAGAAACCUUUCUCAUGUACCACCUGUGGAAAGAGUUAUAGUGAGAAGAGUGGUUUAACUUAUCACAUGAAAACUCACUUGGGUGAGAGACGCUUUUCCUGUGUGACCUGUGAAAAAAGUUUCAGAAAAAAAUCUCACUUAACACGUCACAUGAGAAUUCACACUGCCGAAAAGCCUUUCUCAUGUAUGACCUGUGGAAAAAGUUUCACUCAAAAAUGUCAUUUAACUUUUCACAUGAGGACUCAUACAGGAGAAAAGCCUUUCUCUUGUAUGACCUGUGGAAAAAGUUUCACUCAAAAAUGUCAUUUAACUUUUCACAUGAGGACUCAUACAGGAGAAAAGCCUUUCUCUUGUAUGACCUGCGGUAAAAGUUAUAGUGAAAAAAGUAGUCUAAAUUAUCACAUGUCAAGUCACACAGGAGAAAAGCCAUUCUCAUGUGUUACCUGUGGAAAAGCUUAUGUUCAGAAAUCUCAUUUUAUAUGUCACAUGAGGAGUCACACCGGGGAGAAGCCUUUUGCAUGUACGACUUGUGAAAAAAGGUUUGCCAGUAGAAGCAGUUUAAGUGUUCAUAUUAGAAGUCACACAGGUGUGAAGCCUUUCUCAUGUGUGACCUGUGGGAAAAGUUUCACCUUAAAAAGUAUUUUAACUCAUCACAUAAGAAUUCACACAGGCGAGAAGCCUUUCUCCUGAAUGUUCUGUGAAAAAACAUUUAGACAAAAAUCUCUUUUGAUACCGCACCUGAAAACUCAUAAAGAUGAGUCAGCAUAAUCUGAACCUCAAGAAUGAAGGUGCAUUUACAUUGCAUCUUAAUUACAGUUCCUUUUUCUACAGAGGUUUGACUGCUAAGUUUAUUUUGUUAAAAUUUUGCAUGGUUUAUUAUUGCUGAACAUAUAUAAAGUAAUUUUUGUCAGCCAACACUUUCAAUCCUUAAGGCCACAGGAAAGCCCAUAAAAUAUGAUUUGCAAUUUCUACUUGCUUUUUAUUUUCUACAAAUUAAAUAGAACUAGGGUGCAGCAGUCUGUCACUAUUUCACUGUCCACUCCCUGGAUGUUCACCUGUGUCAGUGCAAUGUCAACUCUCUUCUUUAAUUGUGUAAGAUAUUAAAAAAUGUAUAUCAGUUACAUUACAAUAGUGACUAUAUAUAAUAGUCAAUUUAACAUGUUCUUCUACCUUCUAUUAUUAUGUUCAUUCAACCCGUGAGUAAAAAUUAAAGUUGAAUUAUAUCUUCUUCAUUCAUUUAACAUUUAUCUGUAUUUGCAACUGUACGUUUAGUCUUGAUUCAAAGCUGUAAUGAAUAAAAGAUUUUUCGCCA